AUGGGGCGCGACGUCCGCAAAACCGCGAAACAAACGCCUGCGUCGACGUCCGCUGCCGCGUCGUGGCCGUCCGACGUCGUCUUCCUCGAUUCGUUGCGCUACGACGCGGCGAGUGUGUCCCCAGACGUAAUCGAAAAGUAUGCCCCGAGCGCGCGCAGCGCGAUCAAGCACACGCGCGCGAAUGAUAGGAAACGCGCGCGAGGGCGCAUCAUCGAUGAUGCGACGCAUCCGGCGCGCGGAGAGUUCGGCUUGUUCGCGAACACGCGGUUGAGAGGUAGGGAACGAAUCAUCGACUACCACGGCGUGGUCACGACCGCGGUGGAUUGUUCCAAGACGACGGAUUAUUCGCUCGCGUUCGGCGACGCGAACGAAUUGGCUAUCGACGCAGAAAAGGAAGGGAACGACGCGCGAUUUUGCAACGACUUUAGAAACACGGGUCGAUCGCAAAAUGCGAAAUUUGAGUCCUACGUCGACGAGGCGGGACACGCGAAGCUCGCGAUUUUUGUGCUUCCUCAAGCGACGAUUGCGAAGGGUGAGGAGAUUUUGAUCAGCUAUGGAAAAUCAUUUUGGAAACAUAGAGUAGGGGAGGACCUUGAGAGUUUUCGUAGCGACGUGUAG